AUGUUCUUUCCCGCCGCCCACGAAGAAAAGGACAUCCCCGUCCUACAACGCCUCAUCCGCGAGUACCCUCUGGGCGUCAUCACAACUGCCAUCCCCUCGGAGGAGCACCCUCUCAUCCUCUCCAGCCACAUACCUUGGGUCCUCGACGUCGAUGCCGAGUCCAAUGGCAAGGACCUGGGCCGCCUGCGGGGCCACAUCGCCCGCCAGAACCCCCAGAGCAAGGCCAUGAUGGACGCCGCGGGACCCAGCAACGGGAUCGGCGGCCAGGCCCUCGAGCAAGAGGUGCUCGUCCUCUUCACCGCCGCGCCUCACCACUAUGUCACCCCCAAGUGGUACGUCGAGACCAAGCCCGUUACCGCCAAGGUCGUCCCCACGUGGAACUACGCUGCCGUGCAGGCCUACGGCAAGGCCACCAUCUACUUCGACACGGCCGCCGACGAGACGUCGCGCUUCCUUGGCCGCCAGAUGCACGACCUCUCGCAGCACACCGAGACGUCCAUCAUGGACUACACCGGCAAGGAGGACCGCCCGGGCCCCUGGAUGGUCGCCGAGGCUCCGGAGCGAUAUAUUGAGCUCAUGAAGAAGAACGUCAUCGGCAUCGAGAUCGUCAUUGACCGGCUCGAGGGCAAGUUCAAGAUGAGCCAGGAAAUGCGCAUGGGUGAUCGCAUGGGCGUCGUUGACGGCUUUGCCCGCAUGAAUUCUGAACUCGGCAAGACCCUGGCCGACAUUGUCAAGGAGCGCAGCGACCUCAAGGAGGCUGCCAAGGCGUAG